UAAAUUGUAUUACUUUUAGCUUAACUCGCUGAGGACUGGCUGUCGUGUGGUAGAAAGCCGCGUUGUGACUUACGAUAUGCGCGAUCUGUGUCAAGUGAAGUGUCAAUAAGGACUGAUAUCAUUUUCUUCGAUAUUUCUGUGCCCUUCUCCCAGACCUACCCUAUCACUGGACUUUAACAUAUCUGAUUUGGAUUAUUCACAGACGCACUUUAGGCCGUUACCGGCGAGUACACCAUGACAAGGUCGCGGAUGCUGUACGUACUCGGAACUUUAGCAUUCUAUUUAUUUGGGAAAACAAACUGUGAUGCGCCGCUGGAUUCAGCAUCCCUUCCUCUGGAACACAGAUCGGUGUAUGGGGCUCCCUUAUCAGGGCCUGGCUAUGCACCUCAGUCCCUCGCGCCCCUAGGAGGCGGAGGAGGGCACGAAGAACUCUGGCCAUUGGCUACGCCCGACAUGCCCAAGAUCAAACACCUCCAAGUCCAGUGCGAGAAGACGCACAUGCGCGUCAACAUCGAGUUCGACCGACCCUUCUACGGAAUGAUCUUCUCCAAAGGGUUCUACAGUGACUCUCAUUGUGUGCAUUUAAAACCGGGUACUGGACACUUGAGUGCUACGUUCGAGAUAUUUCUGAACAGUUGCGGUAUGUCGUCUUCUGCUAGUCAUAACGUUGCUAAUUACGGGGGUUCGACUCCUAGCGGAAGUUACGUAGAGAAUACUAUCAUUAUUCAGUACGACCCUUACGUGCAAGAAGUGUGGGAUCAAGCGAGGAAACUCAGAUGCACCUGGUACGAUUACUACGAGAAGGCUGUCACGUUCAGGCCGUUCCAGGUAGACAUGCUGCACGCGGUCAUGGCUAACUUCCUGGGCGACAACUUGCAAUGCUGGAUGCAGAUACAAGUGGGAAAAGGACCGUGGGCGUCGGAGGUAUCGGGAAUAGUGAAGAUCGGUCAAACGAUGACCAUGGUGCUCGCUAUCAAGGACGAUGAGAACAAAUUCGAUAUGUUAGUCCGUAACUGCGUGGCCCACGACGGUAAGAGAACUCCCAUCACGCUGGUCGACGAUGUAGGGUGCGUGGUCAGGCCGAAAAUAAUGAGCAAGUUCCAGAAAAUAAAGAACUUCGGACCGUCAGCCUCGGUCGUGUCCUUUGCCUACUUCCAAGCGUUCAAAUUCCCUGACUCCAUGAACGUGCACUUCCAGUGCGUGAUCCAAGUGUGCAGAUAUAACUGCGCCGAGCCGAAAUGCGGGCAUGGGCCUGGAUUAGAAUACGGUGUACCGGCUUUGGGUGGCAAUGCCCUAGGAGGAGGAGGUGAUUACGGACACGCAGCCGAAUACGGACCACCUCCAGUGGGCGAAUACGGUCUCCCACCCGCAUUCCCCGACCCCAGACACCCUUCAGGACCUACCGGAGCUUACUCUGAACAAAACGCCGACGUAGUUCCUGCUCCACAGGCACAAACCUCUUCAUCUUCCACUUCAAACCCACCGAAUUUGUCUUCGCCCGCUCCGCAUCCUGGUGGACAAGGUAGUAACGAGAUCCAUCUUCCUCCUCCUCCGCUGCCAGGACACCACGGCCUCUACACGACCGUGAAAAGGAAGAGCAGCGUGAACGACGAGUUGGAAAGUAAAAUAGCUACUCUAGGGGGACGCCCAAGGUCAGUAGAGAAUCUUCCUGAUGAGCUACAAGGUGCCAGACGCAAGAGAAGUCCAGAGGUGAUGAGUUUCGUGGUCAGUCACGUUUAUAAACGCGAGGCUCAAGAAAUGACUGAUGUGAACACGAGCAGGACUAUCCAGGUUGUUGCUCCUGGCGACGUUAACUUCGCUCUGAAUGCUGCUCAAACUAACGAGACUGUCGUUAUACAAUCCGCUUCUUCGCACGAUCCAGAGACAAUUUGCAUGUCGGUGCCAAGUUUCGUAGCUGGAUUGGUUAUGUUACUUUUGGUCCUGAUAGUGGCCAGUUUGGUAGCUGCUUUUCUAUUUGUCAGGGUACGUGCUAUAGAUAAAAAGGGCCUCGCCACGACAUUCGUUAACGCUCGUGGUUACGAUAAUUCCGAAUUUGUUAAAGUUGCGAACUGAUACGACCAGAAAAAUUUAAAAGAGACGCUAUUUUAGAGUUCCAAAGAUGUUUGUGAGUGAAUCUGCGAAGGCGAUCGAUGCCUUGUCGGCGACGGACGUAGCGUUAUCAUAUGAUCAAAAAGAAAAUGAAUUGAAACAGUCAGGGAACCUUAUAUUCAGAAUUAAUUUAUUAUAUUUUAUGUUACAUGAAAUUUCAUGACUGAUUUGCUUUAUUUGCCUUUUCGGUUAUAUAAUCUGAAUGAACCUCGUCAUCGAAUUCUUUUCUUCUGUUAUUUUUCUUGACUGUUCCUCCAAAAAACAGUUUUAUUUUGACUUGUGCCGCUAAUCGGCCACAGCCGUUGGCUGCAUGACUUAUAUUAUUAUUUAUUUAAUUUAUUUUUUUAUAACUGUAUCCUAGCUAAUGUAUUGUCCCAGUACGGUGUAAUAAUUUUAUUUUAUUUUCCGACUCAGUCAAAAACCAAACCUAGUCUUUUCGAGUGGAAAUUAAAUAAAAUGACUACAGGUACGCGGGGUAAGUACAAUGUAUCAUGGUAGUACUCGACUGUUUUUCUUAAAACCUUUUUUCCAAGACUCAGUAAAACAGGAUCUCCUAAAUCUUCAUCUAAUCAGUAUUACUAUUUAUUUCUGUUCUAUUUGACUCCAUAAAAAAACAUUAUUGUAAAAAGACGUUGUUGAAAAAUUAACAUUUGUUUUUUCUCAUCAAAUAAAGUUAUUUCUCGUAA